CACAAAUCUCUCUUGCAGAAUGAGGGCCAGAAACAGAAUGUCUCCAUACCGAGUCUGGGGCUCCAUAUUAGACGGGGCCAUCGAGUUCGAGUCCCUGACCACCGACACUCUCAAAGGAGCUCUGAACGUCAUAAGGGAGAGCUUCUUUGUCAGCGAAAGUGUAUGCAGGGGCGUAGACUUGCUCUCAGAACCUGGUGCAGCAGAGGAGCUCGAGAAGCUCUGUUUAGAUGCUGCUAAGGAUGGUGUCAGCGUGGUAGCCAUUGACGUGAACAGCGGAGAGGUCGUUGGAGUUGCUUUCAACAAAAUCCAAGUGUUGAAAAAUUCAACAGAGGAGAGUGCAUUCGAAAUCUUCAGCAAAAACUGCAAACACAAGUCAUCGAAAGCCCUGGUGGACUUUAUGAUCAAUGUAGACGCCAGGAUAAACCUGUUCAAACACUACAACACCGACUGCAUCUUCGAAAUCAUGUUCCUGGCCACUCUACCUGACAAUCAGAAGCGCAGAAUAGGAGAACUGUUAGUGUCCUCGUCCAUGGAAGUCAUCCAGGAGUUGAAGAGAAAGGGAUACACCGUGAAAAUACCUGUCACCAUAAACGGCGACAACACCAUACAGAAUUUAGAAGCAAUUCCAAGUCUGGUGUCUGCGAUCAUGACGUCGAAUUAUUCACAGAAAAUCGCGGAAAAGUGUGGUUUCGAAAGCCUGGCCAGUGUCACUUACGACGAAUUCAACUUCAACGGGAAGACGUUCAGCGAGAGGAUAGGAGAGGAGCAUCAGAACUGUGUACUGGUAGCCAAAAGACUGCUCUGAAGUGAUUAAUUUAUUCUUAUAUAUGUAUCGUUAGGAGUUGUGUUAUCAAAGAUAUUUAUACUCGAUAUUCUACCAAGCUCUGAUAUUCGUUUCCUAUUUAUUUAAUACCGCGUGACCUUACAUUAUCAGACCGAAGCUGAUUCACCGCACUUGUGAU